UAUAGUAAUAUUCACCCUGAAAAAUACGCAGAGUAUGUGGCACAGAAACAUAUUAAUUUCAAUCGCAAACAAAUAAUUAUUGACACAUUCUUCACAAAACGGAGUAGUUCGUACGGAUCGCAACAUUCUGACCAAAUUAAAAUUACAGACUCCUUAGUUGCAAACCUUAUUGUUGGUUGCUCACUUCCAUUAUCUCUUGUCGAGAAUUCAAAUUUUCGGAAAUUUAUCUGCGAUAUGAAUAACAAGUACGUACUACCAUCACGAAGCCAUCUAAUAUCUCAAUUAAUACCAGAGGCUGUUUAAGAAAAAAGAGAACUUAUUUCAAAACAAGUUCAGUCCAUUGGGUAUGUAGGAAUGACUGUUGAUAUAUGGACUGAUAGAAGGAUGCAUUCAUAUCUUGCUUGUACGGGAUACUACUUUUCUGAUGGCAAGCUUCAAAAUUUUCUUUUGGCUUUUCGUCCAGCCAAAGGAAGGCAUAAUGGUCAAUUAAUUGCAGAUGAACUAAAUAACAUCAUUAAGCAAAAUCAAAUCAGAACAAAGCUAGGAUGUGUUGUAACUGAUAACGCCUCAAAUAUGAAAAAAAGCUUUUGAUGUGCUCAGUGAAUUACAGGCUAAUGAAAGUGAAGAUGAAUCUAGACAUAUUGUUAAAGUUGAUGACGAAGAAAUGUGGAAUGAUCUGCAUGAAGAAGAUCAACUCAUUGUGAACGAAGCUAUCAAGCAACAUGCAACUGAAAGAUUGGCCUGCUAUGUGCAAUCUUUGCAGCUGUGUGUAAAAGAUGGACUAACUCAUCUGAAAACAGCUAACAGUUUGUUAGCCAAAUGCUCAAAGCUGGCAAAUUUAACGCAUCAAAUUACGCUUUUCCGUGGAAAUUUUGAGUCAAAGUUUGGAAAAAGACGCUCUAUACCAAAAACCAAUGCUACAAGGUGGAACAGCAUGUUUGUUCAGCUGUCCAGUAUUAUCAGGUUGGAUCCUGUAAAACUUUCGGAUUUGCUCAGAAGAGACCAUAGUAAUCUUAUUUUGACACAACGUGAGAUGGCAAUGUUGCGUGAACUAUUAGAAAUUUUUCAGCCUUUUGCAGAGGCUACAGAUUUGUUACAGGGUGAUAGCUAUCCAACAAUAGGAUGCGUUGUGCCUUCAAUUGUUGGCCUGCAUAAGUGUCUUAACACACUCAGCUCAACUGUCAAGUAUCACAUUCCACUGGUUAACGGUUUGUUGAGCUCCUUGUGUGACAGAUUUGGUGGAUUGUUGCAGAAUGUCAAAAUUUUGCCAACAGGUGACAAAACUAAGAAGAAUCUAAAUUUUUCUUCAAUGCUGUACCUAAUGGCCUCAGCCUUAGAUCCCAGUUAUUCGUUACUUUGGCUAGAGGAAGACCAUCCUGGACCAGAUGAUGUCAAAAGAUUUGUUCGUGAACAUAUUGCGACUCUUAUAACAGCAGAGGUUUCGGCCAUUAUAGUAAAGUCGCAAACCACUCAAGAUCUAUUGGCACCUUCUACUCAAAAUUUAUUGCCCCCAACAGUAGAAGAGGAGGAACCUCAAGAACAGCUGGACCAAAAUGGUGGUGCUAGUAGUGACGUGACUCUUUCAUGCAAGCGUAAAUCAACGCUUUUGGCUUCAUACACAAAACGUCGUCAGAGAAUUGAAAUGAGACAACAAAAUAUUGUUCCAAUGUCACCAACCACUAACGCUACAGCUCUCAUGGAAAAAAUAGUUUCAAUUGCAUCAAGCACUUAUGGAGAAGAGGCAUGGGUGAAAGCUCAAUCUGCUGAACAUUACAAUAUUAUGAAUCCUCUGAUAGAGAAGCUUUUCUGUAUUCCAGCUUCUUCUGCACCAGUGGAGCGCGUAUUCAGCCAGAGAGGUUUAAUUAUGCGACCGAAUCGUGCCAGACUGGGUGAUGAGAUGUUAUCGUCUCUUGUUUAUUUGAAAUGUAACAGUGAUGUGUAAACCAUAAUUUCUGACAAUGUUUAGUUUGUUUUUACUAGAAUUAACUAACGUGUUACAUAAGUUGUGAAAUCAAGUUGUACAAAAACCCGGUUUUUUAUUUAUGUUGUUUCUGAAAUGACUCGUUACCUUUA